AUGCUGCUCCUCGCUCAUGUGAACUUCCUUGCGGCGGUCUCGCUCGCAGUAGGCUCUACUCGGGCUGCCGCCGGUCCUGUCGAUCCCAUGACCGCUUUCAUGAACAAUCUCAGCGAACCAUGUGCCGCCUCGGCCGCUCAAUUGCUCGCCUCAGACUUUGUAAGCUUUACUGCCAUCCGUAUCCUCCUCCUCAUAGGCCCUUUUGCGAGUCUGACUACCCCUCAGCAACGCUGACGCCUGCUUGAUCUUGCGGGGACAUCAGGCGGCGUGCAGUGAUGCGAUGGAUUUCAUGGCCGUCAUAGGGGCCCAGUCCAACCUCACGGGAAGCCGUCAGUCUAACAUUCACUCUUCUUUCAAAAUUGUCUGGUACACGACUCGGCGGUAGAGGCACCGGCCGGCAACGUUGCGAAGAUGCAAGUCGCCACGCUCGCCUGUCUCAGACAAUCGCCUCCUUUUUCGCCUGAUCACACGUUUCCCCUGUCCUCCCCAGCGAUGCGCGGGGGACCAAAGCCACCGGACCUCAGUGUCGUUACGCGCCGGCCAAGUGUUGCGGGGUCACAGCUGACGUUGAUUUUCGCUCUUCACACGUAAUUUAUCACAGUGAUGGUCUGGUCCACCAAUAUCUGCAAAACCAACUGCUCAGAUGAGGCGCUGAGCGAAGCGCGCGCGAUCGUGACCAGUGGAUGCAGCAAGGAUCUUCAAGAGCCCAAUUCACUUCCGGUAAGUAUCAGAAGGUAAAAGUAGGUAUUUUCAAACUUCUUGCUGAGCGUGUAACAACUCCUCCUUCCGAUAGUCCCUCAUCCUUGGUAAAUACUGUCCUCCAGCACUUAGCUGGGGAAGUAUGUGUGACUAACGUGAUUCUGGACGUGGCUCGGCCGAUGUCCGAACCAUAGGUGCGAUCACCAACUACCCCGCCCUUCGCCACGGUGGAUGUUCGUUCGACAAACAACACAACACCAGCUGCCUCGCCAACUUUGUCACCACUUACGAGAAGUACUCAAGGCAAAGUUUGACGAUCUCUUCGUUCAUCGAGCUUGGCAAGAACGCCUCGAGCUUGAGCCUCAUCCCUGCCGCAGAGCUCUGCGUCGACUGCAACAAGGUGCUCUUUACACUCGCCUACAGCCUUUUGGCGAACAGCACUCUGGACCAGAAGGCCCUCUUAACCGAAGCUACCACGGUUUGCCCGGCCACCUUUACCGACCUCAAGAAUCCCAGCACCGUGACGUUCGAAGGAGAGACACCCGCGCCGAUUUCGCAACCCUCGACGACCACGAAUGUAAGCUGCACCCCUGGAUCGAACGCAUCAAGCGGAUGCAAUCCGGCGACAUCGAACCCGGCCGCACCUGGUACCACCUCGGUAGGCUCGCGCUCGUCGGCCGUUGACGGUUCUAUCCUCACGGUGUUCGCCCUCAUCGGAGGGUUCUUCAUCGGUUAG